AUGCCGGGUGUUGCGGUGCGGUGCCGGGUGAUCCCAGUCAAUGCUCAGUCUUGGCGCCGGGGCGAUGCCAGGCGAUGCCGGGUGUCGGGGCGCGGUGCCGGGGCGAUGCCGGGUGCCGGGGUGCCAGUGCCCGUGCCGAUCCGCACGAACAACCGGCACCGCCUCAGUUACCGGCACAGCACCAAACCCGCCGUGAACCCCGCGACCCCCGAAGCCGGCCCGGCGCUUCACGCCCUCGCCCCGCGCCGAAGGCCAGGGAGCUUCGCCCGGCCCGGCAGCGCUUUCCUCGACUGCCCCUUGGCCAUGGAGAGGAUCAAGGAGGACCGGCCCAUCACCAUCAAGGACGACAAGGGCAACCUCAACCGCUGCAUCGCCGAUAUUGUCUCCCUCUUCAUCACGGUGAUGGACAAGCUGCGCCUGGAGAUCCGAGCCAUGGACGAGAUCCAGCCGGACCUACGGGAGCUGAUGGAGACGAUGAAUCGGAUGAGCCACCUGCCCCCCGACUUCGAGGGCAGGCAGAAAGUCAACCAAUGGCUCCAGACGCUCAGCGGGAUGUCGGCGUCGGAUGAGCUGGACGAUUCCCAGGUCCGGCAGAUGCUGUUCGACCUGGAAUCUGCCUACAACGCCUUCAACCGCUUCCUCCACUCCUGA